AUGGUCCAGCUCUCUACACUUUUCUCCACUCUUACCGUCGCCGCGGUGGCCGGCUCCGCCCUUGCCCAUCCUUCCGUUCACUCCCCUUCUGAACUCGAGUUCCAACGCCGCGCAAGGCGCUCGCUUGGGGACUGUCAAUCACAGCUCAGGAAACGCGACGGUGUUGCUGUUCGAUCCAUGGCUCGCCGCCAGGCCUACGCCGACAGCAUUCGCAAGGCCCGCGGACUUUCUACCGGCCCUUUCAAGCGCGAUCUGGCCACCGUCCUUGCCACCGACCACAAGUCGAACCUGACUGGUGUCACGAACAACACCGACGCUGCCACGCUUUUCGACACGGACAGCUCCUGCGUCCUCGCCCCUGAAGUGACCCAGGGUCCCUACUAUGUCGACGGCGAGUAUGUCCGCUACGACAUUCGCGAGGACCAGGAGGGCAUUCCCACCUACCUCGACAUUGAACUUAUCGACGUCUCGACUUGCGAGCCCGUCCCCGAUAUCUACAUCGAUAUCUGGUCUGCCAACGCUACCGGUGUUUAUUCUGGAAUUGUUGCUAGCGGCAAUGGCGAAUCCACCGACGCUUCUAACAUCAACACUACCUUCAUUCGUGGCAUCCAACAAACCAAUGAGGACGGCGUUGCGCAGUGGCUCACGAUCUUCCCAGGCCAUUACACCUCUCGUGCAACCCACAUUCAUCUUAUCGCCCACCAGACCAAUGCCUCGGUCUACGACAACGGUACUUACGUGGAGAACACUGUCUCCCAUGUCGGUCAGCUCUUCUUCGAUCAGGACCUCAUCUCUGAGGUCGAGGCAACGUCCCCCUACUCGACGAACACCCAAGACCUCACCGAGAACGCUGACGACAGCAUCUUGUCGGAGGAGGCUGAUGACAUCGACCCUGUUGUCGAGUAUGUUCUCCUCGGUGACUCGCUGUCAGACGGUGUCUUCGCUUGGACCUCCAUCGGUAUCGACACCACUGCUGCCUACACAGUCACCCCGUCUGCGGACUACUACGAAACUGGCGGAGUUGCGAACUCCAACAGCGGCUCUGGCAUGGGUGGUGGAGGCAGUGCGCCCUCUGGCUCCGCAACGGGCGUGCCCCCUAGUGGCUCCCUGUCUGGUUCUACCCCUUCCGCGACUUCCUCAAGUUAG